AUGGUUAUUGCUGUUCCUACGGGUGUUAAAUUGAUUGGCUACUUUGUUUGGGAUGAAGAUGGUUUUUCAACCGGUUUUAUUAUGAGUUAUGGGUUUUAUUUUUUUAUUUACUAUUGGGGGUUUAACAGGGUUAGACAUUUUCAUUAUGUAUUGAGAUUGGGGGCAGUUUUUGGUAUUUUUACAGGUUGUGUGUAUAAUAAAUUGUUUAUGGUAGUGGUGUUUAUUUUGAUGUUUGUAGGUGUAAAUUUAACUUUUUUUCCUUUACAUUUUGCUGGUUUGCAUGGUUAUCCUCGAAAAUAUUUGGAUUAUCCUGAUAUUUAUUCAUCUUUUUUUAGUUAUCGUUUGGUUUUGAUAGAUAAUUAUUAUAAUAGGAGUCCUGAGUAUAGAUAUAGAAGUUAUUUGGAUGCUAUGAGGGGGAUUUUAAGGAUUUUGAAUUAUAGAUUUUCUAAUUUGGGUGUUUAUUACGGUCAGUGUUCUGAAAUUUGUGGGGCUAAUCAUAGUUUUAUACCUAUUGCUGUUGAGGUGACUUUAUUAGAGAAUUUUAAGAGUUGA